AUGAAUCUUUUUCAGGUAGGGGACUUUUAUAUUGAUCGUUUAGCGAAUUUUCAGGGCAGGACGUCUGAUAUAUCUAUACAGGAGAAAUCUAGGGUCAAAGCGUUGUUGUUGGACAAUGAUACUAUAAGCACUAUUUCGAUGUGUACCACUCAGACAGAGUUAUUGAAACAUGAGAUAUACUUGGUGGAUAAAUUGGGAAAUUUCAAUCGAGAUCCAAUGCCUCAUUUGAAGUGUUUGUGUUAUUUGAAGCCUACGGAAGAGACAAUUAGCAAUCUUUUGCGGGAGCUUCAGGAUCCCAAGUACGGAGAAUACCAAAUAUUCUUCAACAAUCAAGUCAGUAAGUCACAAUUGGAGCGGCUUGCAGAAAGAGAUGACAUGGAGGUAGUGACACACAUUGAAGAGGUAUUUCAAGAUUACUUGAUAGUGAAUAAAGAUGUUUUCACGCUUGAGCUCCCUCUUUACAACCUUUUGGAAAAUCAACUUUUGUGGAAUCCAAAGGGAUUGCAAGAAACCAGUAGCGGCCUCUUAUCUCUUCUUCUAUCUCUUAAGCUCAAUCCUACUAUUGCGUACGAUUCGCAGAGCAAAAUUUGCCAUAAACUGGCAAAAGAUUUAGAGUAUGAGAUCAAGACAAAUGAAAGGCAGCUGUUCGAUUUUCCGGUGAGAGAUUCAAAUCCGCUAUUAAUAGUACUUGAUAGGAAAUCUGAUCCACUAACACCCUUGCUACAACCGUGGACUUAUCAAUCAAUGAUAAACGAGUAUAUUGGUAUCAAGAGAAACUUAGUAGAUCUAUCGGCUGUUCCCAAUAUCGAUCCUGAAUUGAAACAAGUCGUCCUAUCCCCAAAGCAGGACAAAUUCUUCCAAGAAACAAUGUAUAUGAACUUUGGUGAUCUAGCAGAUAAAGUUAAGAACUACGUGGACCAAUACAAGGCAAAGGCAAAUAUAACAAAACAGAUCAACACCAUUGAAGAUAUCAAAGCAUUUAUUGAGAAAUAUCCGGAGUUUAAAAAGCUUUCUGGAAAUAUUUCCAAGCAUAUGGCUAUUGUAAGUGAACUAGACAGGCAACUUCAAGUAAAGAAUAUUUGGGAAGUUAGUGAACUAGAGCAAAAUUUAGCUACUCAUGACGAUAAUAACCACGAUUUUAAUGAGUUGAAGAGGCUUCUAGGUUUAACUACCGUGGAGUCAUAUUUUAAAUUGAAGCUUUGCUGUAUUUUUGUUCUACGACAUGGAUCCAAUGGAGGUAGAGUGAAAGAAAUAGAAAAUAUUCUAAGACAGCAAUGCGAUCCUGCACAAGUAGCCCUAUAUUUCCAAUUCAAAAACCGAUUUAAGUCAUCCUUUAAAGUACGUGCAGAUCCACAGGAUAAUGAUUUAAUAAGUGGUCUCACAAAAAAAUUCAAUAAACUGGGCAGUAGCGGAGCAGAAAAUGUGUUCAUGCAACAUGUUCCAGAACUUACUCGUAUUUUGAGCGACUUAGAUAAAAACAAAUUCCCACAGUCCGGUAUAAAGUUGUUGAAUGAAAGAAUUGAUACAAAAACAUAUAUCCCACAGGAUGUGGUAAUCUUUAUUGUAGGAGGGUUAACGAUUGAAGAAUCCAGAGCUGUUCAUCAGUUCAACGAAAAAUACCGUAAGGGCAAAGACAAUUGCCGUAUAAUUAUCGGUGGUACCUCAAUUUUAACUACAGAACAAUUUUUAACUGACGUAUCCGCAAUUAAUGACAAACCGGAGGAUUUACUAUGA